AUGAAGCUCCUACUAUCUACCGGAAACAUUGUCAACAGCGGGCCGUCCGUGGUCAGAAGGCCAGCGACAGAGAAGUCCAAUGUGGAAUUCCUAAACUCGUUGCGAUAUAACUUCGUCUCCGCGCAGGAGAUCGAGCCGUCCCACACUAAUUCGCCAUGCGAAGAGACACACUCGGCUCCUCAAAAGCUUUCCUAUAGUGACUAUACUACCUGGACUACCAGAGAAGGUGACACGCUUUAUGUACCUUCGCUUGAUUUUUCCAUGUCAGGCUUGUUGGAGGAUCGUUCGCAGUAUGAUGUGACAGUCAAGCUGUUCUAUCUACCUGGAGUCCCGGCGCAACGGAGGUGCCAACAUGCACGUGAGUCGAUUGACCUAGUUCUAAAGGAGUUGCAUAUCAGCUCCAUAGACCUGUUGAUCGUCUCAUUUCCGGAAGUGACUUUUGACGCCGAUGAUGAGGGUGAAAAGGUUUCAAAUGGUGAGGAGACGGAGUCGGAACUCGAUAAUAUAGUCAAGACAUGGCGGGCCUUGGAGUCGAUGCAUGAGCAAGGCAUAAUCUCCCAACUCGGUAUCGCAGAGUUUGACAGUUCACGACUGGCGAAGCUCCUGGCACAAACAAAGAUUCGACCCAGCGUUGACCAGAUCAACGUCAAAGACUGCUGUGUUGCGCCAAAGUCGUUAAUUAUUUAUGCAAAACAGGAGAACAUUGAUCUUCUAACGCAUAAUGACUGCACGGACAUCCUCCCACAGGGUACGACGCGAGAUCUGCUAUCCCGCAGCGAAAAGGGCGCUGGUAUACUUGCGAUAACCGCAGAUGCUGAUGAUGGCGGUAUAAAAGGUGACAUAGAGCCGCAGUGGGUUAUCAAGUAUACCGCCGUCGUGAAAGAUAGAGGCGUGAUUGAGAAUAAGGGAUAUUUCGCACUUGCUGACGUUAGGCCAUGA